UCAUAUCUGUCUUCAGACAGUCUCUCUAUUCUGUGUUUGAUUUUAUCUUUUGUAUUUAUUAUUAUUUAAUACAAUUAUACCUAUCGAUUUAUAAUAUUGAAUAAGAUAUUUAAAAAAAAAACUGAUCACCUAUCUAUAAAACUACCUAACAUAAUUUAGGUAUACUUUAGUAUAUGUUUAAAUUAAUAUAAAAUGGAGCCACCAACAACAGGGACCAGUUCCCCUGGGUUAAUGGGUACAACUUCUUUACUGCCGCCACCCAUUUUAAGUGGUUUACCUCCAUCAAUUCCACCAGCAGUUGCAAUGCCUCCAGUGCCAGGACUGCCACCAAACAUGACGGGGAUACCACCGCCUAUGGGGUUCCCUCCAAUGUUACCACCUUUCUCAAUGCCUCCACCAGGAUUUCCAAGUUUUAAACCUGAAUUAAAUGCUCCCGCUCCUGAUAUAGCUCCAAUGGCCAAUCAGAGCAGUCCUUGGUCAGAACACAAGGCUCCUGAUGGUCGUACAUAUUAUUACAAUUCUGUUACCAAACAAAGUCUUUGGGAGAAACCGGAUGAUUUGAAAACACCUGCUGAAAAACUUCUAUCAUCAUGUGUAUGGAAAGAGUAUACAACAGAUGCUGGAAGAGUUUAUUAUCACAAUAUAGAAACAAAGGAAUCUAGUUGGGUGAUCCCUAAAGAGCUUCAGGAGAUCAAAGAUAAAAUAGCUGCUGAGGAAGUUGCACAAGCAGCUCUGAAUGGUGACCUUCCGCCAGGUGAAGUGCCUCUACCGGGCUCUCCUGCCGUAGCGAGCUCGGGCGGCAGUUCUGCUUUAGAUGAGGCUAUGGCUAAAACAUUAGCAGCUAUUGAUCCUACGCUUGCCAAUUCCAUCCCAAUUCCAGAAGAUAUUGUACCUGAAGAAAUAACAGCACCACCACAAGGCACUGUAACUGAUGAAAUUGAAAAACCACCUGAAACACAAUAUAAAGAUAAGAAAGAAGCCAUAGAAGCUUUCAAGGAGCUAUUGAAAGAUAAAAAUGUACCAUCAAAUGCCACUUGGGAGCAGUGUGUCAAGAUUAUAUCAAAAGAUCCCCGAUACGCAACUUUCAAGAAGCUCAAUGAAAAAAAACAGGCUUUUAAUGCCUACAAAACCCAAAAGCUAAAGGAUGAAAGGGAGGAACAAAGAUUAAAGACCAAGAAAAACCGUGAAAAUUUAGAAGAAUUUCUGUUGACAUGCGAUAGAGUAACUUCCCUUACCAAAUAUUACAAAUGUGAGGAGAUGUUUGGUAAUCUUGAGAUUUGGCGGUGUGUUCCUGAAUCUGACCGUAGAGAUAUAUUUGAAGAUAGCAUAUUUACAAUUAGCAAACGGGAGAAGGAAGAAGCGAAAGCUUUGAAAAAACGGAACAUGAAAAUGUUGACACAAGUAUUAGAGAACAUGAAUGAAAUUACUUAUAGCAGCACUUGGAGUGAAGCGCAAGUUUUACUAUUAGAAAAUUCUGCCUUCAAAAAUGAUGUAAGUUUAUUGGGAAUGGAUAAGGAAGACGCAUUAAUAGUUUUUGAACAGCAUAUUAGAAAUUUAGAAGCUGAAUAUCUACAGGAGAGAGAACAAAUAAAAAAGCGAAAUAAGCGGCAACAAAGAAAAAAUAGAGACAAUUUUUUGACUUUACUUGAUAGUCUCCAUGAAGAAGGCAAACUUACCUCUAUGUCCUUAUGGGUAGAAUUAUAUCCGGUUAUAUCUGCAGACAUUCGUUUCUCAGCCAUGCUUGGUCAAAGCGGAUCUACCCCAUUAGAUCUAUUCAAGUUUUAUGUAGAAAACUUAAAGGCUCGUUUCCAUGACGAAAAGAAAGUAAUUAAGGAGAUAUUGAAAGAGAAAGAGUUUGAAGUAAAACCUGAUACAACAUUCGAAGAGUUUGCUACGGUUGUGUGCGAGGACAGCAAAUCGGCAUCACUUGAUGCUGGCAACGUUAAACUUACGUACAACUCACUUCUAGAGAAGGCGGAAGCAAAGAAUAAAGAAAAAAUGAAAGAAGAGUCGAAGGCACAGAAAAAAAUUGAGAGUGCUUUCAAAUGGGCAUUAACUGACGCCAAUGUGGAUCAUCAACUGUCGUGGAGUGAGGUCAAGGAGAAAUUGGAUCUUACGGCGGCUGAGUUCGCGGCCGUUCCAAAUGAGGAAGAUCGUAUUAGAAUAUACAAGGACUACCAACAUGAACAAGAGGAGAGUUGCAUGCAUUAUCAUCAUCCAAAACCACGAAAAUCGAAGAGGUCCAAGAAGAAGAAGCGUUCACAAACGUUUUCUACAUCAUUGUCGAAGUCGAGAUCACCUUCCCCUUCACCGGCGGCACAUUCUCCGUCGCCUGCACCCAGCCACGCUACUUGGUCCUCCGAGGAAGGCCGCAAGCACAAAAAAUCCAAAAAGAAACACCGUAAACAUUCUCCAGUUCCGAAAUCUCCAACACCAGAGGAAGGUGGUAUAUCGGACGAGGAACCUGUGCGACAUAAGAGCAAAAAAUCGAAACGUAGUGCACCCAGUAGUCCUGAAGCUGAUCAAGAACACGAACAUGCACACAAGCCAAAAAAAAAGAAGGAGAAAAAAGAGAAAAAGGAAAGGUCGACCGGAUCGGCUGCAUGGAGUGACGCCGAACUGGAGUCGCAGCGCGCUGCUCUGCUGGCUCAGCUGCACGAACACGAAGCCGACUGACGUUGCCUUCCUCACAUACACAUAUUCAACAAUUACCCGCGCCCUGGACAGCGAAAGAUUUCACCCACACCCGUUCUCAUGUUACCGGAUAUUGUUCAUUUCAAUUCUUCUACUUCACCCGUUCAAACAAACACAAAUGAAUGUGACAAAGAAUAUUAUGUUACAGCUACAAUAUAAUUAAUAUAUGGAUACAAUGUCAAACGUAUUUAAAUGUAGAACAUGUGUGUCUUAAUGUAAUAUUACCAGACUGUAUAUACACUUAUGAUGGAUAUAGUUAUUUUCUUACAUCAUCCACAUCAUAUUAGCCGUUUUAAUCCACUGCUGAACGUAGGCCUCUCUCAUUUGAGGGGGGUUUUACUAGUUGCCAUACUUGGCAGGCAGGUUGGUAGCCGCAGUCAGGCUUUUUGUGAUGUUUUAAAAUUAACGAUGCCCAUCCCUCAACAUUAUGUACACUUAGUCGCCUCUUACAAUACCGACAGAAAAAGAAGGGAGAAGUUGCUCUCUUUAAAUGCAGAAAACAGUGUUGUCCACAUCUGUCUCUUUCUCUGCUUACUUCGUCUUUAGAUAUAUUUUUUACAGAAGAUUUUUAUGUAAAUCCUAAUAUGCGCAUUGAACAAAUUUGGAUUACAUAUAACAUAUGCAUAUAUGUUAUAUGUAAUAAUCCAAAUUUCUUCAAUUCAACCCUAAGAAGACAAAUCUGCACAUUCACCGUUUCAUUUAUUAUUUUCGACUUAAAUUGUAAAAUGAUUUACAUACCACACUCAAUAGAAAGUUUGAUGGCAAUGCAGAACAGAGAUACCCACUAAGGAAUUCCAGAUUUUUUGCUUGAGAUGGCAAAAUUAAUUUUUUUUUAUUAUAUUAAAAAUAUUAGUUAUAAUUCUAUAUAGUUAUAAUAAUAUUUUUACUAAAAUUACUGCUAUGUUGCUAUUGUUAUAUCAUACAUACUUUGUUAUGUCCAUGGUACUGCUCAUGUCUAUAGGCGACGGUUACCACUUUCCAUCAGGUGGGCCGUCAGCUUGUUUGCCAUUCUAAGUUGUAUAAAAAAAAAAUAUUCCAUUUAGAAACUACUUAUAUACGUUUUUGUUAUUGUCGCAAUUAGGAGAUUGACAUGGCUAUUAUGUUCGAUAUAAAAUAAUAAAAUUAGCUUUUUGUGUAUUGACUCAAAUUUUUAACGAGCAUAUGUGCCUUGUUUAUCCUGUAAUUUAAGAUCGUGAAGUAGUAAGAUAUGUGGACAUAAAUAAAAGUGUAUGUUCCUUAAUGGGCAUGGUUAACAAAAUAUGUAAGUUUUUUAAAUAAUUAUGUUACAAACUUAAAGGUAUGAAUUACACAAAUAUGUAUAAUAAUUUAUAAUAUAUUAAGUUUUCAGAUCAUAAUCGCAGUAUUCUAAUCACUGAUAGAAACCGUGAUAUUGGCAAAAUAGCUACUAUAUAUAAUAAAUUAUAGCUACUU